GGAUGGCGACAGAGGUCUCGAUGACGAAGUAAUCCACGUGACCGAUGAACUCUGGGUGGGCAAGGACUACUAGACUUAAGCGGAGCAGGGAAGCGGGCAGCUGGAUUGCCGCCGCCUCCAGAGGCCGGCGUCCCGGUUCCCGUGUGAGUGAGGGCCAUGGGCCGGCUGCGCUUCCUUCCCGCCGGCGUCUCGUUACUGCUCCCCAGAGGAGAAGCCAAGCGGUGGGGCAGAUGCGCUUCUAGCACCUUGGCAUCAGAUGUCAAUAGUUUUGUCACUCGGACGAAAACAUGUGGGGAAUUGCGUUCUACUCAUGUAGGUCAAAACGUCACCCUUUGUGGAUGGAUUCAGUAUCAAAGACAAGAGCAGUUUGUGAUUUUGAGAGACUUCCAGGGACUCACCCAGCUUCUUAUACCUCAGGACCAGGCUUCUUCCCAUUUGAAGAAGAUUUUAUAUGACGCUCCCGUUGAAUCUGUUGUGAGAGUGACAGGGACUGUAGUUCCCAGGCCUCCAGAACAGGCAAACCCCAAAAUGCCAACAGGUGACAUAGAAGUGAAAGUGGACACAGCAGAGGUCUUAAACUUGUGUAAAAAACUACCCUUUGAAGUGAAAGAAGUCUCUAAGAAAAAUGAGGCUUUGCGAAUGCAGUAUCGCUAUUUAGAUUUGCGCAGUGUCCAGAUGCAGUACAACCUACGUCUGAGAUCCCAGAUGGUGAUGAGAAUGAGAGAAUUCCUCUGCAAUCAUCAUGGGUUUGUGGACGUAGAAACUCCAACUCUAUUCAAGAAGACUCCAGGAGGUGCAAAGGAAUUUGUGGUGCCUUCACGAGAAGCUGGAAAGUUCUAUUCAUUGCCCCAGAGUCCUCAACAAUUUAAGCAGCUACUAAUGGUUGGAGGUCUGGACAGGUACUUCCAAGUUGCCCGUUGCUAUCGAGAUGAAGGUUCAAGGCCAGACAGACAGCCUGAAUUCACUCAGAUUGAUAUUGAGAUGUCGUUUGUAGACCAAGCUGGAAUUCAGGCUUUAGUAGAGGGCUUGCUUCAGUAUUCUUGGCCUGAGGAAAGAGGGCCCAUUGCAAUACCAUUCCCUUCCAUGAACUAUGAUGAAGCGCUGGCGAUGUAUGGGACUGAUAAGCCAGACACUCGCUUUGGAAUGAAGCUUGUUGAAGUCACAGAUAUCUUCAGGAACGUAGAAGUUGAAUUUUUACAGAAAUCACUCAGUGAGCCACAGAGCACAGUCAGAGCCAUUUGUAUACCCCAGGGCAUGAAAUAUCUUCAGAAUAAAGAUUUGGAGUCAUUAAAUGAAUUGACAAAAUCCCAGUUUAACCAGGGACUGUUGCACUUUAUUUUGAGGUCUGAUGGUAGCAUGAAGUCCCGACUUGAUAAAUUCUUGAAUGAAGAGCAAAAACUGGCAUUGAUCAGAGCAGUUCGGGCCAAUGCGGGUGAUGUUGUGUUGCUCUCAGCUGGAGAACAUGAGAAAGUGUGCUCUGCAUUAGGGAAAGUACGCUUGGAGAGUGCAGAUCUUCUAGAAGCAGGAGGCCUGCCACUCCGUGACCCAUCUGCCUUUCACUUUUUGUGGGUGGUGGAUUUCCCUCUUUUCCUCCAAAAAGAAGAAAAUCCUGCAGAAUUAGAGUCAGCUCACCAUCCUUUCACUGCCCCUCAUCCCUCUGAUGAGCAUCUUCUCUACACAGAACCUGCAAAGGUCCGUGGCCAGCACUAUGAUCUAGUUCUGAAUGGUAAUGAGAUUGGAGGAGGCUCCAUUCGCAUCCACAAUGCAAAACAGCAACGCUUCAUUCUUGAGGACAUACUUAAGGAGGAUACUGAGCUGCUCUCGCAUCUUCUUGAAGCUCUGGACUGUGGAGCACCACCUCAUGGAGGAAUUGCAUUAGGUCUUGACAGACUGAUUUGUCUCGUAGUUGGAGCUAAAAGUAUUAGAGAUGUCAUUGCUUUCCCCAAAUCCUUCAAAGGAAGAGACCUGAUGAGCAAUGCUCCAGAUUAUGUUACACCCCAAGAGCUUGAGCCUUAUCAUGUCCAGGUUGCAUGGCCUUUGACACAAGUCAAAGUCAGCUCUAGUUAAAUACAACUGGCUAAUCUUGCUGCAGACUAUAUUCUGUGUUUUCCCAUUUCUGAAGAACCAAACAUAGCUGACAGCCAAUCUGUCAGGCAUCAGCAGCUAGUGAGAUGGAUUUGUUUUAUCAUGGGUUACUUCUCUUAAAGAAGAAAUGUCUUGCUCUGAGUUAAAGCUGGCUUGACUCUGUAAUCUGAAAGUCAAUCAAUUGGAAAAAAACUUUUGAUGUUUUGUUAGUUGUACGAGGUGUGACUUCUGAUUUAACUUCCCAGAAUGGCUAUUUUAUAUAUUUUGAAUUUCACUUCACUUUCCCUGGGCUUAAUUUAAGCCCAAAUUGUGAGUCUGAGCAGAUUUUAAAUUGAAACAAAAAUAUUUUUUUUAUUGAAAGUUAGUAAACUGCUUGAGAUUACAUGAAUUAUGUGUCAAAUUUUCUACUAGACCAGACCUGAGCAAAGUGCGGCCCACGGGCCACAUAUGGCCCGCGAGCUGCUCCAGUCCGGCCUGCCCGUCGCUGCUGAGUGAGCCGGAGCUCCGGCUCCCGUUACCCAGCACAGCAGUAAGCAGAACUCACACGAGAUCCGACGCUGGGAUCCCGUGAGUUUUGACUGUUACUCUUGA